AAAAAUAACAACAACAGCAACAGUAGCAACUCGUGUACAUUAUGCUGAGCACAAUGACAACGCCAGCCACAAUGCUCGAGUUUGGGGCAAUUGGUGAUGUUCCAAGCAUUCUGGAAAUAGAACUGCCAGCAAUAUUGUUCAAUGAGAGCCUCUUCAUUGAGCUGAAUGGCAGCCUGACCCAGCUGGAUGGCAGCAACAUUAACCAAAACAACUGGAACAUCAUCAACAGCAGCAAUAUCAGCAGCAAUAUCAGCAGCAGCAACAUCACCAGCAACGGCAGCAACAUCAGCAGCAGCAGCAGCAACAACAGCAGCAGCGGCAGCAACAGCAGCAAUGCAGGCGGCAACAUAACCCAACUGGAGGAGGCGCAACGUGCCGCCAAUGAGCGUGCCGCAGCCGAGUUCUGGCUGCUGGUCAAAAUGAUUGCCAUGACCGUUGUGCUGGGCCUAAUGAUACUCGUCACCAUUAUAGGCAAUGUAUUUGUGAUUGCUGCCAUUAUACUGGAGCGCAACUUGCAAAAUGUAGCUAAUUAUUUGGUCGCAUCUCUGGCAGUUGCUGAUUUAUUUGUUGCCUGUCUCGUCAUGCCGCUUGGCGCCGUCUACGAGAUAAGCAAUGGCUGGAUUUUGGGGCCGGAACUCUGCGACAUUUGGACAUCGUGCGAUGUGCUCUGCUGCACGGCAUCCAUACUGCACCUGGUGGCCAUAGCAGCGGACAGAUAUUGGACCGUUACGAACAUUGAUUACAACAAUUUGCGUACGCCCCGUCGUGUCUUCAUUAUGAUAUUCUGCGUGUGGUUUGCCGCUUUGAUAGUGUCGCUGGCGCCGCAGUUUGGCUGGAAGGAUCCAGAUUAUAUGAAGCGCAUCGAGGAGCAGCAUUGCAUGGUCUCGCAGGAUGUGGCCUAUCAGAUAUUUGCCACAUGUUGCACGUUUUAUGUGCCGUUGCUGGUCAUUUUGUUUUUGUACUGGAAAAUCUAUUUGAUUGCAAGGAAGCGCAUUCAGCGUCGCACACAAAAGUCCUUCAAUGUGACGCUAACUGAAACCGAGUGCGAUUCCACGGCGCGUGACGUGCACAAGGAGCGCGGCAAACGGCGCGUGGCUAAGCGUGAACAGGAACGCGAACUGCAAGACACGGAAAAUGGCAUCGGGCAGCUGCAGCGACACCCACGUAAACGCAUGAAGAUUUGCUUUGGACGCAACUCGAAUACGGCCAACAUUAGGGCUGGCUCCGAGGGCGCUGUGGCCCGCUCGAUGGCCGCAAUCGCCGUGGACUUUGCCAGUUUGGCGAUAACGCGCGAGGAGACGGAGUUCAGCACCAGCAACUACGACAACAAGAGCCACGCGGGCACCGAGCUUACGACCAUAUCCAGCGAUGCGGAUGACUACCGCACGAGCAACGCUAACGAAAUCAUAACGCUCUCCCAGCAGGUGUCCAGCACCACACAGCAGCAUCUAAUAGCUUCGCAUCUGAAUGCCAUUACGCCACUGGCGCAGUCCAUCGCCAUGGGUGGUAUUGCAGCCGGCAAGCAGACGGCAGCGGCAGCAGCAGCAGGAGGCGGCACCAGUCCCAUUGGAGCUGGUGUUGGCAAGGGUGUGCUGGCGAGCAUUGCCAAUCCACACCAGAAGCUGGCCAAGCGACGCCAGCUGUUGGAGGCGAAGCGGGAACGGAAGGCAGCGCAAACAUUGGCCAUCAUCACCGGCGCCUUUGUCAUUUGUUGGCUGCCCUUCUUUGUUAUGGCGCUUACAAUGAGCCUGUGCAAGGACUGCGAAAUUCAUCCAGCAGCUGCAUCCCUCAUCCUCUGGCUGGGCUACUUCAACUCCACGCUCAAUCCGGUCAUCUAUACCAUCUUCAAUCCAGAGUUCCGACGCGCCUUUAAGCGCAUUCUUUUCGGCCGAAAGAAUGCGGCACGUGCGCGCAGUGCGAAAAUUUGAUUUCAACUGAAAACCAACGAGGACCAGUAUCUGUAACUCCUAACAAAAGGUGAAAGCGAAAGUUACUAAGCUACGGCACAGGCAUUAAGGCCCCACGCAAAUAUAGACUCAACAGAUUUCAACUCAAACACCAACCGAUUAAGUGGUAUGUAAAUACAAACGAUAAGAGAAAUGUAUAUGGAAAUGGUCAUGUGGAAUAUGGAAUUGACAUUGGGAUUGCAUUAGAUUAUAGAUUAGUUAGGCAUAUUUGUAGUUGUAGUUGUAGCGCGUUUAACGAUGUUUUAGCAGCGACAAUCCUAAGUACAUGUACUCUAUAAGUAAUUCCUAACCUACCUUAACGAGUAACACACACGUGCCCCAAAAUAGCAACCGCAAAACCAAGAAACCAACAAAGCAAAUAAAUUAAAAAACAAAAACAGAACAAUUUUUAUAUGUUAUUUAGAGGUGUUAGCUGUAAGAACUCUCACACACAAAUACACACACAGAAUUGAUUGUAUUCGUAUACGUAUUGUAGUUGAUAUAUAUAUAUAUAUGUAUAUGUAUGUGUAAUCUAUAAUGUUUUUAAAGUCUUCCCUGUGUCUUAAAGAAUUAUGUAAAACUUAAAAUAUAUUGAUAUAUAGAUAUUUGGAAGAUUGGCAAUAUUUGUUUAGUAUGCGUGUGUAGAGCAGAGUCUACAACAACCUGCCCAUAUCUUCCGUUAAUGAAAAGGCUGGGUCCAAAACUUUGUACGCUUUCAACUUCUGUGUUAGUUCCACGUGUUGCGCGCCUUUAGCAUAAGCCCAGAAUAACUUUUGUUCGCGCUCAAUUAAUAAGCUUACAAAAUGAAAACAAAAAGAAAACAUAUAAAAUCGGCUUGCCGACGAUUAAAUACUUUUGCAGAAAGGUUCAUAAAAAAAAAACACAAUAUUCAAAUGAAUUUUUUCGGAGGAGUUAUACGACAUAGCAGCUAUAUGAUAUAGUUCUCUGGUCCGCUCGACUACAAAGGAUUUAUGAACAGUUUAAUGUCUAUACUUGAAAUAGAUUAAUCCAAAUUUAAUACUCAAAACUAUAUUAAUGAAGGGCGCGAAUGUAGUUUCAAUGAAUUACACGAUGCCUCACGAAAAUAGAAGACCUUCUGCAAGGGUAUAAUAAAGGUAACAUUUAAAUUAGGCACGUCGCAACAGAAUUUGUAACGAAUUUACACACACUUACACACACAAUUUUAAUAUCUGAGUGUACAAAUUCCUGAGCAUAAAAUUCAAGAAACCAGAAAAUGGAAAAUUAAAAACAAUAUAUAUAUAUGUAGAUAUUUUGUCUGCUGUAAUUGUAUAAUCAAACAAUGUGAGAAUGUUUGUUAUUCGACUAACUAGCAUAUGCGUUCAUGCACCCAUUUAUGCACACGAUGAUGAGUAUGUGUGAGUAGCACUCACACACUGUUGAGCUGGCAAAUAACUAAAAGUCAAACUUUUGCUAAAUAUUCCCCGAACUGCGUAAGCCAACUGGCAACUGGAGUGGCAUGCAGCCAAAAAUACAAAAAGCAAAAAAACCGCAAAGUGCUGAAACGGACAACAUUUACACACAAGCACACACACACACACCUAUCUAUAUAUAUAUAUAUAUGUGUAUAUAUACUAUGUAUUGCAAAUGAACUUGCAGCUUGGUAACUAACUGUGCAACAACAAUUGAUAUUAGCAGUUGGCUGCAGCUGUUGCAGUUGCAGCAACUAAUACGAAUACGCUUCGAUGUGCAUAUUAAAUAUAACUGUAUACAUAUUAAAUCAUAUGCUAUAUAUAUAUACUCGAACUACUCAUAUGUUUAGCUAGUAAGUACUAGCAGGUAAGCCUUGCAUAUGUAUGUGUUUAUGUGUGUAUAUUUGUAAUUGUCUGCGUGUCAUUGCAAUUUCUCGAUGUGUACUUGAUGUCAAAGUUAUUAAAAUUGUGUUUUAUCAA